AUGGCAACGAAAUCGUCGGAAACGCGACAACCUGUAGCGUGGUUGAUCAAUAUCGUGUUACUUCUAAUACUUGCAGUGCGUUCGAAUAGUGCUGCAGAGUCCAUUUGUGAACGGAUUGAUUUUAACGACAUUAAUACGUGGAAAGUGCAACAGUGUUCUGGUGCUUUUCGUGAAAGUUUUCGCUUGAGUACUUACGCAUCCUCUCCAACAUUCCGACCGUUCCGUGACCGUACUACCUACUAUCUUUCGAAUGAUGUGCGUGGUAUAAGCUGCACCGAAUCUAUUAACAGUUUUUACAUGAAUCCGUAUACGGAAAUACGCAUGAUUUACCAAUUGAUGUUUUACAAUCCUUGUUCGUUGACGCUCAUGGUUUACGAUCUCGACGUGAUCGACAUGUUCGGCCAACCGAUGUUGGCACAAAAUUGGACAACCCGUGCACAAACUUCCACGUGGAGUUUAUUCGUUGGAAAAGUGGAACGAGAGAUUCGGCGAGCAAGAAUAUUGCUACAGGCGGACAUGAGUUCCGAUGGGCAACUUGCGAUAGAAUACAUCACCGUCUUCAAUCCGCUUGUGCUGGAGGAGUUUUGUAUGGUACUGGAUGAGUUCUACACAACAACCGAGAUGACAACGAUUCCAACAAGGCCUACAACAUCGAUAUCGUAUACAACCACUAGAAGCACUACAAGGUCGACAUCAACAUUAGCACCAACAACUACAACGCCUAUGACCACUACAACAACAACAACGACGACACUGACGACCACAACGACGACACCGACGACUACAACGACGACAACGACGACACCGACGACCACAACGACAACAUCUACUACUACAACGACACCGCCGGCGACUACAACUGCUAUGCCUACUACGCCAACGACAACGCCGGCGACUACUACUACGACACCUACGACUACUACUACGACACCUACGACUACUACUACGACACCUACAACUACAACUACGACAUCUACUACUACAACUACAACGCCGACGACUACAACUACGACACCUACAACUACAACUACGACAUCUACUACUACAACUACAACGCCGACGACUACAACUACGACACCUACGACUACUACUACGACACCUACUACUACGACACCUACGACUACUACUACGACACCUACGACUACUACUACGACACCUACUACUACAACUACAACACUUACAACUACAACUUCAACAACAGCAACUAAUAUUACUAUUACACCUACGAGUACUACGAUUACCUCCAUCGCCACAAUGCCGAAUACCACCAUAAUGAUUCCAACAACGAUCCCCAUUUCUACAACAACUUUCUCUUCAACUUUAUCUUCCAUGGUUUACUCCAGUGAACCAUCGUCUGCAACAACGGAAACAAUAACAUUUCCGCCGACAACAACUUCGACGCCGACACCUGAUAUCAGUACCACCGUUAUCGAUACAACUACAAGGAGAAGACGUACUACCACUAACACACUGGGAACAACGAUAAUGUCAACCGUUGAUUCCAUCAGUACCAUAGAGAUCACUCCUUCGGCCUCAACUGAAACGUAUCCAGUUACAACCCCAGCAACAACACCUACUACUAGUACUUCUACUACAUCUAGUACUACAACCCUGGCAACAACACCUACUACUAGUAUUUCUACUACAUCUAGUACUACAACAACAACAUCUAGUACUACUACUACAACAACAACUACUACUGCUGCGCCUAUUGCUACCGUACCAACAAUUCCAUCGUCCGUUCCCAUAACAACCAUUGAUCCAUCCUACAUUACAACCACAACGAGUAUUCCUUCUCCAACAUCAAUAUUCACCGAAGGAUCGUCUGUGACUGCAUCCAAUUUACCAACUUCGUCUGAAGGAACAAUAAUACGUACAACGACGACUGACAUUUCUGCAUCGUUGCCAACAACACUUCCGAUUGCAACCGCGUCUAACGAAUCCAUUGCGCUUUGGAUAGCACUGAGUGGAAUUUUCAUCGUUUUGUUCACCUUAGCAUCUGCUUAUGCUCUGUACGUCUAUGUAGCUGGUAUUGAGAUCAGUCGUGCUUUGGGGGGUAUCGGAAGCCUCUUUACUUGCAGUCGAUUUAAGCGCUCCAAUGAUCAGGAUCACGUUGCUCCUCCCGGACCGAACAGCUUCGAUCCGUACGAUAUGUAUUACCAUCUACAAAUGCAGCAACAGUUGAAAAGUCGUCUGCGGCCGAUGCACAACAGCGUCAGUAGCAUAAGCAACAAUAGCAGCAAAGCGAUUCGUCAAAAGUACCCGCGAGCUAGUGUGAACCCUUAUCACCAUUCUGUCAUAGGAUCCGGAAAGGCACUUCCCUUCGGUCAGCCACGCUUGGACCUGAUGGACGAUAUCGAUAUAAUCAAGUACAAGAAUAGACUGAACCAACUGUAG